GUCCCCCCCCCCCCGGGGGGAAGAGCUUUCUGGGGAAUUUAAAGGGUUCGGGGAGCCCCCGGCUCAGCACUCUGCAGACUCAGCCCUGGGGGACACACCACCUGCCUCUCCUCUCUCCGAGCCACUGACAGGCUGAAGGAUGCCCAUCUUGGGUGGGGGCGCCAAGUGUGGCGCUUGUGACAAGACAGUGUACCACGCCGAGGAGAUCCAGUGCAAUGGGAGGAGCUUCCACAAGCCGUGCUUCAUCUGCAUGGUCUGCAGGAAAGCCCUGGACAGCACCACGGUGGCCGCUCACGAGUCUGAAAUCUACUGCAAGUCCUGCUAUGGGAGGAAAUAUGGCCCCAAGGGAUACGGGUACGGCCAGGGCGCCGGCUGCCUCAGCACCGAUACGGGGGAGCGAUUUGGCAUCGAAGUGGCAGAAUCCCACCCUGCCCGCGGAUCCCCCACAACUACACAUACUUCAAAAUUCACGCAGAAGUUUGGUGCCACAGAGAAAUGCCCCCGGUGCCAGAAAUCAGUAUACGCCGCCGAGAGAGUGAUGGGAGGAGGGCAGCCCUGGCACAAAACCUGCUUCCGCUGUGCCUUUUGUGGCAAAAGUCUGGACUCCACCACCGUAACGGAGAAAGAUGGAGAGAUAUACUGCAAAGUGUGCUAUGCAAAGAGCUUUGGCCCCAAGGGGAUCGGAUUCGGUGGGCUCACACAGGUGGAACAGAAAGAGUCCUAGGCCUAGUACUGGAAGUACCACCAUUACCCGGGCAGUCGGCCUCCUCCCCACUGUGUUUGUACCAGUAGCUCAAUCACUGCAGGGCGGGGCUAAAUCUAUCCAACCAAUCAAAUACCAUUGGACAUGGAACAUUAUGGCCACUUCUCUCAAUUUCCUACAAACCAUCAUGUGAUCCCAUGUUUGUUAUUCUGCAGUUCAGCUGAUCACUGCCCCCUGUAAGGCUGUAGCGCCCUCUAGGGGAUUUUUGCAGGGAUUUGGAGCUGCCUCCAUGCUCCCAGCCAGUGGAAGAGAUCCCUACGUGUGUGCCAUUUUGGGACAUCCCCCGAGGAACCUGUUCACUGCAUAUGGGGGCUCUAUGUUUAGGGGGGUUUGCCUGAUAACUGGAACAUAAUUCAGCCUGAUUAUAAAUAAUAAACGCAGAAAUAAAAUCUCA